GAUUUUAUUUUUAUUUGAAAUAUGACCAAAAAAACAAAGAAGGUGGGAAUUACAGGUAAAUAUGGUACCAGAUAUGGUGCUUCUUUGAGAAAAAUAAUCAAGAAAUUUGAAAUUUCUUAGCAUCAGAGAUAUUUUAACACCUUCACCGGAGCUCAUUCAUUGAAAAGAUAGGCUAUUGGUAUUUGGAGAUGCACACAAACAGGAUUACAAAUUGCAGGUGGAGCUUGGGAAGUAAAUACUCCAGCCGGUUUGUCUGCCAAAUAGGGUAUGCUCAGAAUUAAGAAAUUGAAGGAAGAUGCAGAAGUUGAAGUCAAAGAUGAAAAGAAAGAUCAAAAACAAAAGCAAUAAUAAUAGCCUAAAGAAUAAAAGGAAUAACAACAAACUUAAAAAUAAGGAUAAAAAGGAAAAUAAUAAUCAUAAGGAGGAGACAAAAAGAAGGUGCAGGCAAAAAAGCAAUGAUAUCAAAUAUAUUAUUUUACAGUACACAAUAAUUGCAUUUACAUUCAAAUAACUUCC